AUGCUCAUCACGCUUGAACCUUUAGCCUCGCACGGCAGUACCGGUCGUACGUCUGACAUCCUGUCAUCCUCGUCCAUCUCUUCAUCCUAUCCAUCAUGCAUCCUCAUCCGAAAGACCUCAAAGGCCACCAUCUCAACAUUCCAAGCCAAAGACAGGACUGACCAAAGCCUCAACCCAGAACCUCCUCGCAACAUGUAUUCACCCACCUCCGAUUCUUCAGACACCCCGCGAACUUUCACCUCGGCUUCCACCACCGAGUCCGAUCUCGUUCUCGGGGAGAAAGCUCCCGCUCUCGAAAAGGAAGUCCAGAUCGCCAAGUACAUCCAUUUCUACAUCGAGACCCACGGAACCAGCCCCAUCUUGCCAAUUGGAAUCAUCCCUCUGAACCCAAACAAAGGAUUCCCCGUCGUCGAAAUCCCGACUAUCAAGCCUGGCGGAUAUCGAUGGCCUUCCUCCUCCGCCAGCAUGGCGUCUACUGCGUACUCACCGAUAUCCCCCCUUUGCCAGAGUGGCACCCACUGCACCUCUGGUACAACCGCAUGGCUGCGGUGGCAGUCACUUUGA